GUAAAAAUACUUAUGAAUUGUAAACUACAAACACUUGUAAAUACAAGUUUUUAGUGAAACAGGCCUCAGACCAGAAUGGCGAUUCGACCUUAUGUUCGCCCGUUUCUAAUUUGUUUUGUGAUUUGAAACGAGAAAACAUGUUUAUUGAUGUUUGCUACGACUCACGAAGAUUAUAGUGUGUGUCCAAAUCACCCCAACUUCUAGUUCAUAAAAUGUUAUUUGAAUCGUGGAAACACGUUACAAGAUGUUUGUCACGUGCCUUCUGGUAUGUGUCCAAAUCACGCCAACUUCGAGGUCAUAAAAGCUGAAUUGGACACGACCAGAGUAGCAAGAUGAGGGUCGCCACCGUCGCCCUCGUCUGCCUGACGGCUGCAGCCGUGUGCACCGGGUCUCGCUCCCCGAUCUCCGACCGCGAGAUUCUGGAGCUGAGCGCACAGCUGUUUGAUUCCGACACCAACAAUGUGUACGACCACCUGGAUGUGAACACCGGCGGCCGCGUGCCCUACGGAAAGUCCACCGACUACGCCCAGGCACCCCUGCUGGAGCCCUUCAACGCCACCCGCUACCUAAGCGCCCCCACCUACACGGCCCUGGUCAACUUCUACAACAACUAUGAGCGUGACGUCAACACCAACGAGCGGCACACACCCGAAGAGCACAACGAACAGGUCCACUUCAUCAACAAGAUCACAGAGACGCCCGCCAUCAACAAGGUCAAGCAGUUCCUCUCCAGAAAAGGUUACGUGCCAAGCAGCGUGAACUCCUUCAAGCGGACGAUGAAGGCGCUCUGGUUCGACUUCUACGGCCGUCGCCGUGGCAAGCUGACUUCAUCCGGGUUUGAGCACGUGCUUCUCGGGGAGGUGAAAAAUAGGCAAGUGAGCGGCUUCCACAACUGGGUGUAUUUCUACUUCCUGGAGCGGAAGAACCAGGUCAACUACCUCGGCUACAAGAAGUACAAGCUGAUCCGGGGACGAAAUACCGCCAUGGUGAUCAAGUUCCCGUUCAAGUGGGAUAGCUACCUGAAGCCGGUGACGAGCAUGCUGGUGGGCACGUCUCCGGAGGUGGAGAUCUCUCUGUUCACGCUCUGCUUCUACGCGCGUCCCGACCGCAACUGCCGAGUGAAGCUGGGCAACCAGCAGCUGGUCCUCAAGACGCACACCUACAGGAGCGGAGGCAGGAGCAUGAUCGGCUCCGCCUACGUCGACCUGUGACCUGUGACCUGUGGGCUGUGACCUGUGACCUGUGAACCAGAUCGGGUCGAUAGCUGCCCCCUGCAGUUGUCAGACGGGCUACCAUGGUCGCCGGGAUUAAUUAGAUGAUGUGUGGCGAUGUACUGUUGCUUGUUUUUGAGAGAUUCGGGGCAUCAGGGUCAAUAGCAAGCAACGCUUUAGAAAAUGUAAUGAACAUAUUGUUCUAAGAUGAUAUGGACGUGUCAUUACUUAUACGUAUGUCAUUUGCUUUUUGAAUCCUCUUUUUAUCUACUGGGCUGCGUUCAAUACAAAUUAUGUAGUUGGGA